AUAAUACGCUCCUUCAGGCAAGAGAGGAAUAAAUUCCACGGUUUCAAUACUUUUAUAAGCGAUAUGAUAGGUCUACACCGAAAAUUACCGGAAAUGCGACCGUCCGAGUGUAAACGUAAGGUAAAUCCGAUCAAUUUACCGCCGGUUACUGUUGUCAUCAUAUUUCGAGACGAGUGGUAUAGUAUUUUACUUAGAAUGGUGUACAGUGUGUUAGAAACUUCUCCUCCUCAUCUUAUUUACAAAAUAAUUCUUGUCGAUGAUGGGUCGACGAAAGAUGAUUUGAUAGCUUGUAUCAAAAUUCACGUGCAAAAUGUGGACAAGCUAACACUCGUACAAAAGGAGAAACCCCUUGGGUUGAUGAUGGCAAGACAGACCAGUAUAAACGCCGUCAGGUCGGAAUUAUUUGCCGUCAUGGAUGGUCAUAUGGAGAUCAAAUGUUUGCUGAAUAAAGAAAAACGGAAUCAUAGCGUGGAACCGAACCCUGCCGGCACCUUGCAAGGAAUGAUGAUGGUUAUGAGGAAGGAUUUCUUCAUGCAUAUGGGCAGGUUCGAUUCUGACAUGCGGGCUUGGGGAAGCGAGCAGAUUGAAGUGUCAGUAAAGGUGUGGCUAUGUGGAGGAGUUAUAGAAAUGGUGCCAUGUUCUAAAGUGGCUCAUAUGUUUAGGCAA